CUGGGAUUGUUGUUUCUUGUCUUUUAUGUGUGUAGCAAGGAAGAAGCUGUUGGAGUAAGUCGCUCUUGUGAAGUCACACCUUUGAGCUGCUCUGAUUGGCUGCACUGUGAGAGAGGGAGAGAGCUCACUUAUCCACGUCUGUUUAUGGAGGUUUUUGAAUGGUCCAGUUCUGUAGGAGAGCGGCUGGUUUUUCCUUUGCGUCUCAUGGCUGAGGUAAUCCUGCCACACCUGCUAAUGUCACUGCAGCUUCCACUGUAAACCAUUCUUCUGGAGCUCCUUCACCCCACAACCAUGUGUCACCUCACUUCGCUCCUGCUAGCUCUAUCCCUCACACUCUCCUCCAGCCCUGCGGUUGUGUAUGGUGAUCCUUCUGGAAUCUUUAGUGAUGAUUCCACGGGCUAUGGACCUGUGUUUGAGGAGCAGCCAGUCAACACCAUCUACCCCGAGGAGGCACCGGAGGACAAGAUAAUCAUGAGCUGCCGAGCACGAGCCAGCCCACCUGCCACAUACAAGUGGAGUCUGAAUAGCUGGAAGAUUGAUGUCCAGGAUGGUAGUGAUAACCACUACACUGUGGUGGGGGGGAACCUGGUCAUCAGUAACCCUGACAAGAGCAAGCAUGCUGGGAAUUACUCCUGCCUAGCAACCAAUGAGUUUGGCACCGUCAUCAGCCGGGAGGCAUCCGUCCAGUUUGGAUAUCUGGACAUGUUCUCCACAGAGGAACGAGAGGCUGUGUACGUGAAAGAGGGUCAGGGGGUGGUAUUGUUAUGUGCCCCUCCUCCACAUUUUCCAAAUGAUCUUUCCUUUCGCUGGAUGCUGAAUGAGUUUCCCAUCUUCAUCCGUCUGGACAAGCGCCGCUUUGUCUCUCAGACCACAGGGAAUCUGUACAUCUCUAAAGUAGAGGCCUCCGACAGUGGGAAUUACUCCUGCUUCGUCUCAAGCCCCUCUAUCGCCAAGAGUGUCUUCAGCAAGUUCAUUCCUCUGGUCCCUCUGGCUGAGCGUCCCAUUCGGAAGUACCCAGCCGAUAUCAAAGUGAAGUUCCCAGACACAUACGCGCUAGUUGGCCAGAACAUCACCCUGGAGUGUUUUGCGUUGGGAAAUCCCAUCCCACAGAUCAGAUGGAGGAAAGUGGAUGGAGCACUGCCAGCCCACCAUGAGAUCAGCACGGUGGGAGGGCUGCUUCAUCUCUUUAACGUACAGUUUGAGGACGAGGGCAUGUAUGAGUGUGAGGUGAUCAACUCCAAAGGCAAAGACUGGCACAAGGCACAUCUCUAUGUGGAAGCUCCUCCAGACUGGGUAGAGCAUAUCAGUAGCAGCGAGAAGGGCAUUGGCAGUGACUACACAUUGUCCUGCCUAGCCGGCGGAAAACCCAAACCUCAAAUAUACUUCCUGAAGAAUGGCCAAAUGUAUGGCAAGCAUGAGCUACGCUUCACAGAUAUGACAUUUUACGACUCUGGGAUGUACCAGUGCAUCGCUGAGAACCGCCACGGAGUGAUCUAUGCCAACGCUGAAUUGCGAGUGUUUGCGAGCUCUCCCUCAUUCGAGUUGAACCCAGUGAAGCAGAGGAUCCUGGGGGCAAAGAAUGGCCAUGUGGUGAUUGAGUGUAAACCCAGAGCAGCACCCAGACCCACGUUCUCUUGGAGCAAAGGCACUGAGCUGCUCUCCAACUCCAGCAGGAUAUUUAUUUGGGAGGAUGGAAGUCUGGAGAUCCGUAACAUUACCAAGUCAGAUGAGGGAAAAUACACAUGCUUUGCUGAGAAUGACAGAGGGAAGGCCAACAGUACUGGAUCCCUCUUGGUGACAGACGCCACUAAGAUCACACUUGCUCCCUCGAAUGCUGAUGUGAGUGUGGGUGAAAAUACCAAGAUGCAGUGCGCCGCAUCACACGACUCAAGUCUUGACCUCACCUUCAUCUGGACUCUCAACGACCAUGUGAUCGACUUCGACAAGGAGGAAGAAUAUUACCAAUACGUCAUGGAUGGCCAGGCGGGCAUGUCGAGCUGUGAGCUGCUGAUUAAGAACACUCAGAUGAAGCAUGCAGGCCGCUACACCUGCAUGGCCCAGACACCUGUGGACAAUGUCACCGCCUCUGCUGACCUGGUGGUGAGAGGGCCUCCUGGACCUUCUGGAGGGGUUCGUGUGGAGGAGAUUGGGCCGAAGUCUGUGAGGCUGCUCUGGAGUCAGGGUUCGGAUAACCUUAGCCCCAUCUCCAAAUACACCAUCCAGUACAGAGAAACCAGAACACCGGAGGAGGACUGGAAAGAUGCAGUUACCUCCCCUCCAAAUGUAGAAGGCAACGCAGAAACAGCCACGGUGGUUGAUCUGAUUCCCUGGACUGAAUAUGAGUUUCGGGUCAUUGCUACGAACACUCUGGGUACAGGAGAGCCUAGUGACCCAUCUCCCAAAACCAGAACACAGGAUGCAGUUCCUGUGGUGGCACCCUCAGAUGUAGGUGGAGGUGGGGGAACAAGUAGAGAGCUCACCAUCACAUGGACGCCUGUGCAGCCCCAGUACUACUAUGGCAGUAACUUUGGUUACAUCAUUGCAUUCAAGCCUGAGGAUGGCUUUCAGUGGCGUAAAGUGACCGUCGCAGACCCUGAGGCCAGACGUUACGUCCACAAAGACCCCUCCAUUCCUCCUGCCACAAAGUUUGAUGUGAAAGUGAAGGCCUUUAACAGCAAAGGAGAGGGACCUUACAGCCUCACUGCUGCCAUAUACUCUGCUCAGGAUGUGCCCUCAGAAGCCCCCACCAUUGUAGAGGCCAGAACUCUCUCAGCGACAGAGGCCAUUGUAUGGUGGCAGCCAGUCUUACAGCAGACAGUAGAGGGCUAUCAGGUGAGAUACUGGAGGAAGUCAAUGGAGAAUGAGGCGACAGCACAGCGCAUCUCCAACAGAGAGAACCAGACGCGCCUUGACAACAUGAAGCCUGACUCACAUUACGUCAUUGAAGUGCGUGCAUUCAAUGGUGCAGGAUAUGGACCACCCAGCCAACGAUAUGAGAUCCACACAAAGAAAGCUCCUCCAAGUCGGCCUCCAAAUAUAAUCAGCACGAAGAUGAAUCCCAGUGGGACAUCAGUCAACAUUGCCUGGGAGCAAGUGGAGCCUUUAGUCAAUGAGUCCACAGUGCAGUGUUACAAGGUUCUCUACAGGCAGGAGGGCCGAAGCACUGGGGUGCUUUACACCACAGAUAAGCAGUAUAUAGACCUGCCCAUGCGCAAGGAUGGAGAUUAUCUGGUGGAGGUGAGAGCACACAGUGAGGGUGGAGACGGAGCUGUGGCACAAGUGCGCAUCUCAGGUGGGGGUGUCUUGGUGGCCCAGUCUCUCAGCAUCUGUGUCCUGCUCCUGGUUGCAGUGCUCAGCCUGGCACUCUGAAUGUAGCGCCAUCCCUCCUCUGUCUUCACUCCUUCAGUGAAGAGGACUCUCGCAGGAUGACGCCUUACAGGACUCUUAUUCCACAAACGCCGAAGCUCAACGAUGAAUAUUCCCAACUUGGAAUAAGCUUUGUGGGAAGAAAAGACACUAUAGAAAUCCGUAAAGUACAAGGACAUGGAGGAUACUCCACUUUCAGAAUCAAGAUUACAAACAUGGAAAAGCAUCAAAGGAGUUCUCUCUUGUUCAGUAUGCCUUACAAUAUCUCUUACCCUGAUCUUUUACUCUUGGGCUGCUUGCGGUAAAGAUCUCUGCAUUUCACGAUUUAAAACACAAAAAUUCCAACGUUGUUUCAAUUUCAGUCAUAACAUUCUUUGAGCAGCUUGCUCUUUUCUGCAAGUGACUUAUGAUAAAAGAUUAGUGUAAGAGGGUCUGAUAAUUGUUUUAUAUGUAGUUUGCAAAUCAGUGGCACUCCCUUUAUCAUUUCAAAACUAAAGCACAUCCCUCCCUUAAUGGAUACAGUCAAAGCAAACUCCUAUCCUACUACUUGGACUCAAUGCUCUAAUUAAGGUGAUGCAUAACAGACAAUAUAGCAAUUUAUUUCAAGCUAGUAUAUGUAUAUGCAAUAAUUUAUAAGCUAUCGAUCUCUUAAUAUAUUUCAAUAUAUUAUUUCUUUGCUCAUAUUAACAUAUCUCUAAUAGAAAGAUUAUUUUACUUAAAGAGAUUUCAAAGCCCUUACACAAGAGUAAAUGAACAGCUGGAAUUGAGAUGUGUGCAUGUCGCUUCUGGGAUCUAAGUGAGGAUCGUCAGGGGUCAAAUAAAAUUGUAAAUUUAUCAUCAUUGCUGAAAUUCUGUACCGAGGAGUAAUAUUGUGUUUGUAUGUGUAAUAUAUGUGUGGAAAACAUAUCUAACCCAUGGUUUUAAACACAAACAGGACUCAUGCACAUAUACAUAUAUUAUGGAAAUGUAUAUGUAUAUAUGUAAGUGUGUCUAUGUGUGUGUAGACUAUGGCAAUAUCCACUGUGGCAUGCCUGGGGCCGUGUUCUCAAAGUAUCUCUAGGUAGGAGUGAUGUUUUGGUCAAACUGAUGCUUGACUGUCACUCUUAGCUUGGGGAACUGUGAAUGCAGACCAGGGUGAUGCUACAGCAGCGCUUUACGAUUUCAACCAAUGUCGUUAGUACUCAUUGUCUAACCAUGAACCAAACUGAGGCUGAAAACGGCUCUGCGGCUUUGUUUUGACUGUAUCAUUAGAAGCUCUGUAUGAGUUACAGGUGCUUUGUAAAGAAUGUUGACAUUUCAUUUUCUGACCCAUUUCUUUACCUCCAUUGCUUUUAAUCGUGUCAUGUUCUGAGUAACAGUUGUAUGGACUCAAUAGCAGUGCAGUGUCUGAUGCUACAAAUGCUAACUGCUUCGAGCUUUUAUCACGACCACAUCAGUGAGGUGCAAAAAUGAAGGAAAAACAAGCAUUCCAUUCCUAAAGGAAAAAAAAAAUUUCACUGAUCAUUUACUGUUUUUUUUUUAUAUAGUGUCCUUUAUGCUUAAGGAUUUUAUUUAUGAUGGGCUGUUUGUAGAAGUGUGGAGAAUGAGUAGACGAGCCAUGAAUGGACUGAAGCAUUUAGUCAUCCAGUAUGAUUUUUCCUUGAGCUGAAUUUGUUGCUAAAUGCUAUAAUACAGCUGUGAGAUUUGUGAACCCUUUGAAAUGAUCUGGAUUUCUAUGUGAAUUGCUCCUAAGACCCAAGUGUCAAACUGGUGCUGGAGGGAUGAAGUCCAGCACAGUUUGGUGAUUUCUCUGCUCAAACGCACCUGGUUUAUUGUCUUUACUUAAUUGUCAAGCUUUGUUGGUGUGUUAGAGUCAAGAAAUGACUAAACAGUGCUCGCUGGACACUAGACCUCCCUAAAGUUCACUGGUGUUCUAAAAUGUGGUCCGAUCUAAAUCAUAAUCUGAUUUAAAUCAGAAUAAUACAUAGAAACAACACACAACAACCACAUUUUAUAAUUCCAUAUCUUUUCCAAACAAUGGUUUAAACAGUUAAGGUCAUUAAUAGAGAAAAAGUCAAGUAGUCUAACAUCAUUAUAUUACCUCCACCAUGUCACAGCUGAAAUGAGGCUUUUAUAUAGGUAUUGUUUUGUUUCUUCAAACACAAUGUUGUGUACAUUUGCCAUAAAGUUCUUCUGUCUCAUCUGGCCAUAGAACAUUGUUCCAGUAAUGCUGUGGAACCUCCAGGUGGUUGUUAGAAAACUGGAGACAGGGAGCAGUGUUGUUUUUAAAGAGCAGUGGUUUCCUCCUUGGCCACCUUACACGAAGACCAGUACUGUUCAAAAGCAGAGCAGUGUCUGAUGUUCAUGUUUUUUUCUUAUGGUAGACUCUUGAACAUUUUGUCCAGUUCAAGAGCUGCCUUUAGAUCCUGGACAGUAACCCCUGGGUUCUUUUUCAUUUGUGGAAGAUUCUAUGGCAAACCCUUUCACUGAUCUUUGUAGGACACCCACUCCUAGAGAGAGUAGCAUAGGGCCUGAGUUUCCAGUCUUAUGAGUCAUGAGAGCUUUUCUUCAGGUUUUCUUUGAAAUCUCUUUUGAGUGUACCAUUGCUCCAGAUUCUGGUAUGUAGAGCAGGUGCUCUUUUAUGUGGCAGUGCAGGUCAAACCCAAACCUAAACUGAACAGAACAUCUAAUUCCAAUAACCCCUUUUUCCAAAACUAAAUUGACUGAAUUUAUUAAGAUCAGACCACAAUUCCAGAACAGUUUAUGCCAAAAUCCACUUACUUUUAAAGGUUCAUUUUUCUCACAACUGUUUACUGACACGCCCAAAAUACUUGUCUUUUAUUUGUUAUUAAUAUAUGUUAAUAUUUGUCACUUAUUUGACAAUAUUCUAGUUUAUUCAAUUAAAAUGCUGCGUUUUGAUAUUUCCAGUCAUGUUUAAGGAGAUCUCCCAUCUGAAGAUCAAAAUGACUUCUAAAAAGUACGUAAGAAUAUAGGUUCAGGUUUUUUUUUCUCUCGAGUCUGAGGCCAUUUAUUACUAUUUGUGUAUGAAACAGCGUAUAAAAUUUUGAUCUUUCAGAUCAACUGUCUCCUUAAAUAUGUAUGAAUUUUAGCCAUUGCUUCAACAUUUUGUGAGUAAUAUUCAAUGACCACCACAAAGUGCUUUCUCUUUCCCAGUCAGGCAACAGAAUCAUCAACAUGAACAAAAAUAAUAAUAAUAAUAUUAAUAAUUGCCAAAUGCAUGAAUGCCUUUAACUUUUGCAAUCUACAUUUGGAGGUGAAAUGGUACGCCCUGAAAUGCAUGAUCUGGAAAUGAAUGGUUCGUUCCAGUUGCAUUAGAACGCCAUAGCUACUCAUUUGCGAUCAAGGUGACUCAUGUAACUCAGCUUCUUCUGAUCUGCCUCUGUCAGCCAAUAAAAUGUCUGUUCAGCCUGAAUGGCGAGCUCUCUUUGUCAGAGACGAUGUAGAUAAAGUCUAACCCAUGAGUCAUUCAAGCCAUUCUUCUCAAUUAAAGUUUAUAGAGACAAAACCAA